GUCUGAAACACAAAAAGAAGCAGAAGAAGAAGAAGAAAAAGAGGACUUUGUUGAAAUGGAGUGCUCACAAGUAUCAACUGAUGAUGGGGAGGCGGAGGUGAAAGAGAAGAGAGGUGUUUCCUAUAAUUUCUACUUACACCCAUGCCACUUCCUUGAAGAAGCAGUUAGGGCCUUUUUCAAGUGUUUGGGUAUUGAGAAUAGAGCACAGGAGGAAGAUGAUGGGCAAAAAGACACUGAAACAAACCCUAAUAAAAUUGCUCCUUCAACCUCCCAAGUAGAGCUACAAGAUGAUGCUGCAGAUCCAUCAGUCACAGCAACAGACACAACAGAAGCUGAUCCAGCUCCAUCUUCAACUACUACACAAACCUCUGAAGUUGCUGGAAGCUUAAGGGCUGUUAGACCACCAAUAACCACGGGGGGAGGUGGGCAGAUCAAUUAAUAGGCCUAUGAUGUGGGUCAACAAGCCUAUUAAUGACAUAUCCAUAGGUUACCUCUCUUUUUUUCCCCACUUUUUCCUCUUUAUUUUCUCCAUUUGUUUGUGUAUGCUUUCGAGUUUGUAUGAGAUAUUGGACUGUGUGGUUGUGUGUGUAAUUUGAAAGACUAUUUGACAGAACUCAACUUUGUCUCUAGAAUGAAAUGCAUAAUUUUAGCUUAGCAGUGGCAUGCAUAUAUUUUGAGAACCCGUUUGUUUGAUAGGCAGCAAACUGUUCUCAGCAAAGUUUUACAAGUUUACUUGCAACAUGUCAAAUUGAAAAGUAAAGUUGUGUUUUUAACACGUACACUAGAAUUUAUAUUCUGCCAGGAUCAACUUGCUCUUGCUUACCUGCCACCAGAAGCAU